AUGGUAGAGACAGGUCUUCCAGCCGGAUGGGAGGUCCGCCACUCGAACUCCAAGAACCUCCCUUACUACUUCAACCCCUCGAUUAAAGAGUCUCGCUGGGAACCGCCCGCCGGCACGGACACCGAAACCCUCAAAGUCUACAUGGCGAACUACCACAGCGGCCCCGCCGGUCGGCCUGACGGUUUAGGCCAGGGCGAAGGGAAGAUCCGCUGCAGCCAUCUUCUCGUGAAGCACAGAGACAGCAGACGACCUAGCAGCUGGCGCGAGGCGGAGAUUACUCGGUCCAAGGAGGAGGCUAUUGAGAUCCUGCAGGGUCAUGAGCAGCGCAUUCAGUCGGGCGAAGCGACCUUGGGAGAUAUUGCGAUGUCGGAAUCGGAUUGCAGCAGUGCCCGGAAGAGGGGCGACCUGGGCUUCUUCGGACGUGGCGAGAUGCAGAAGGAAUUCGAAGAUGCGGCUUUUGCCUUGCAACCGGGCCAGGUUAGCGGUAUUGUGGAGACGGCUUCUGGUGCGCAUCUUAUUGAACGCGUCCAGUGA